AUGUCAUCACAACCAAGCUCAAGCCACUCGAUCAGCAACACCCACAUGAAAACCCUCCACAUUCAUGAAUGGCCAUCGGGUUAUCCAUGGAAAGAAUUACAACAACGAAAAUCAUCCAUGUCAUUAACGGAACAAGAUUAUCAACUCGGAGCAGAAACAAGACGCCAACUCUUACAUGAUCUCUAUCAUUUAGAACCCAAUGGAUUAAAACAUGAUCCACUCUUUCAUUUCUUUUAUGAACCUGAAAUUAUAAUUCGGUUUAGUUCGGAAUUAGUUCGGAAUCAAGUCAAAGCAAAAUUAGAUGAAUUACAAAUUGGUUUUGUUGAAUAUAAUUAUCCAACACCGGAAUCGCAAUAUGUGGAAUUAGUGGCUCAUACUGAAGUAAUGGAUCUUGUUGAAAAGCGAAUUCAUUGUUGUGGAGAGAAUAAGGAUGGAAUUGUGAUUCGAAAUUUACCUUUAUUUCUUAAUAUAUUUCAUGGACAUAGUGUGGCUGCAUUGGAAAUGAAUCGAGAAGAUCAUUUUCAUUAUAUGGAACGUGUCAUUCAUACCAUGUUUAAUCCAUUUGCAUAUACAAGAGAUGAGGAAGGAAGAAAAUUGGCGAAAAUGGCAAUUUUCAAGUCGGGACUGGAGGGUGUUGAGGAUGUGUUGAAUAAUUUCGAUCCUUGGAAUUUGGGAGAUUAG